AUUUCUCACCCUGCUUUCCAACCACCCCCUGGGCCCCACCACAGCUAUCAUAAUUAUCAUCCUCAAGAGUGUUCUCAAACCCUAUUUGUUAUUCCAGCUACAAGUACCCCCGCCCCCCCCUCCUCUGGAACCCCUGUUCUCCGACGAUAGAUUUAAUUAGACGGUAGUCCAUCUUAACUUGCCCGCACCUUCCUAGUUUUUAGUUUUUUUUAUCGUUCGGAUUAGAAUCUUUAGCACACGCUUUAUCUCAGCUUCUCCCUCGUUAUGACGGCCCCGGCUCCACCAGAUCUGUCCUCAUUGCCCAUCUCUGGUAAGAAGAAUAUCUUGGCCGGGAAGCAAGAGCACUAUCUUAAGAGGGAGCUCGUUUCCCGUCAGGUUCAGUUCGAGAUCUCAGAGCUCAACUCCCCGACAGCUUUACAACGUUUCGGAGCGCCUUUCCGCUCACCCCUAGGAGAGGUCGCUCCUGUCGAUAGUGAAUUACCGAUUUUAAGAUACAUCUUUGUUCACCAUGUUAGAAAUUUCCCGUUCCUGGAUCAAGCGAGGGAGAAGGAGUUCUGGCAGGAUAGACUACAAGUGUUUCUCGAAUCCUUUGCAAACAAACGAAUAUCGUCCUCCGAGGAUCGUUUAGAGGAAACCAAGCGGAGGAAGCUUGCCCUGAAGUGUGAAAAGGUUGUUGCCUUAAUGAUGAACUCCGGUAUCCCUACGGCAUCUGGCUAUGAGGAGAGUGUUGGGUUUGAUGAAAUUGAGGCUGCCGGAGGGGCCGACCGAGCUGCGAGUGAGAACGGUAUAUUAGUCAAUAUGACGGAGGGGCAUUGGGUUAACGGCUGGGAUGUCAAUGUUGCUUCAGUGAGGCAAACAAGUAUCAAGAGGACCGUGCGGUAUCAUACACAUGCAGAGUUCUUGAUUCGCACAAAGAGAAUGGAUCAGCCAGAUGUGAUUGUUGGCAGAAGGUAUGGCGCAUUCGCCCGCCUCCAUCGAAAUCUUCGGAACGAGCUUCCAGGAAAGGUUCUCCCGGCUCUCCCACGGAAGAUCAAUAAAUCUCAAACGUCGACUAUGGGUUUGCUCUCUAUGUCAUCAGCCGAUGACCGGUCCUCUACGUACUCUGUUUCGACAACUUCUAGCAACUCUGUGAAUGCAAAUGGCGAGAAGGGUGGCAGUGGCCACAAACGGUCUCAAUCAUUAGGCGCUUCUUUAGGCAUAAGCAAGCAUAGUCGCAACGCUUCUCGAAACUCUUUGGCUAGCAGUAUAAAUGAGCCAGUCACCCUCUGGCGUGAGAACCAGAGGAUAUCAUUGAGAGCAUUCUUAAGGGUUCUACUUGGCGAUGCCCAGGUUGCAAAAUCUAGGGCGAUGAAUGAUUUUCUGCUGAAAGACCCUAUUACUUUGAAUGAAGAAGAGCUUAACGAUGAAGCGAGGCGGCGAGAAAUGGAUCAUAUUAGAAUUUUGGAGCAACAGAAGUUCUAUGAGAUUGCAAGACAGAGAGCUCGAGAGCUCGAUGUUUACAUGGAGAGUUUCAGAAGGGAGAUUGUUGAAAGCAAUGGAUUAACGAAACUUUUUGCGGAAAUAAGAGAGAAGGACAAACUUGAAGAUCUCUCAUUGCAAUAUAAGAAGUUUGCGGAAUGGCUCAGGAUAGAGGUUGCUGCGACUAUUUAUCACAUUUUCCUCGCUGAAGAUAACUCGCCCGAGCUGUUUCAUCAAGCUAAGAGAAUUCACUCCUUAAUUCCUUACACAAUUCUCAAAAAUGUUAUUCGCAUUGCCAAUCCAGCCGCUGUGAUGACAGGAGUGCUGGAUCUAUUUUUGGCAACGCCGUUUGGAUCCCGGUCAUUGAUGCAACGAAUUCUUUCUCUGGCUAUAAACGAUGGCAUCAGGCAGCUGCAAAAGAGCAUAGAUUCUUUGACGGUAAAAAUCAACGAUCCGGUGCUCUGUAGCAAGCUGAGGCAGUUUACCGAAAUCGAUGAAGAAACCCGCGAGGAGAUUAGAAUGGAUGCGGUUCUCGACCAAGUUGAUCUGAUUGUCGCUAUAUUAAGAUCGGAAAGGAUAGAGCCAGAACUCGAACCGAAGCAGGUGGAGACUAUAUUCAACGCUUACGUGGGCUGGAACAAUGCAGUUGAAAAUAUCGACGAUAUGAGGGCAGGCGGACAGUUGUUCGCUUACCUGAAACAAUUGUUGAAGCUGUACACCAGACAGCGAGACAAGAACAUGAUGUUAGCUAUAAUCGGAGAGCCAGUAACACUGCAGCUCUUCCGCGACCUCUUCACCAUCUUUUACGAACCGCUGAUCAGGGUAUACAAAUCGGCAAAUGUAUACAACAGUGUAACAGACUUUGCCGUGUUUGCUGACGACAUGGUGGAAGUUAAAGAAACAUUGACGGUUGAAUCUAUAGACAUGUCUUCGGACCCUAACCAGACCGUCCAGGCCUUUAUCGACCUUUGCGCUCGCCACGAGAAUAACUUUUACAAAUUCGUCCACGAGGUCCACAUCCACGACGAUGGGCUUUUCGAGAAGCUCAUGGGUUGGCUAGAAGGAAUUCUGUCAUUCCUUCGCAGUGGCCCUAAAUCGGGCCCACUAGAUAUGAAUCGCCUUGUAGAAGAAGCCGUCCUGCGCGGUGAUAUCGACGGCAAUAAAGCCAAAGAAGAGAUCGAUCAAUUGAUCAAAUGGCAAGCCCAAAGGAGAAAGUGGCAUGAAGACAAGACUAGGCAAAAGAUGGCUAGCGGAGGUGACAUGAACGGAUGGCUCAACACCGCCCCCGACAACGCAUUCACAACGUCUGAUUUCCACCUUAACGAGACUGACCUUGACGAUCUGAACAACGUCGAUGACGACAACAACUCCAGCGACGAGGACGAAUCCGACGACCAAGCCGACCCAAUCGAAGCCGAGAAGCGUCGGAGGAAAAAGAAGCAGGACCAUUUAAGGCGUAGCGCUGGCGAGCCGGAAAAGCCGGAAAUCAGCGAGAUUCUGAAGUUGCAGGUGGAAUUCUUACUGCAGCUUAGGAAUGUGCUGGCGGAGUAAUGACAGCAAUGAGUAGAUUAACCGGGCUACCGCUACUGCUUACGAAAUUUGCUGAGUGGAAAUGGGUGGAGUUUUUAGUUGCCAGGUGUAAUAGGGACUUUCUUUUUCUUUCU